UGUUUUUCUGGCUUUUUUUUUUUUUUCCCACUACAGUAAUUCAACUCUCUUCCCAGAAAGCUAAGAUGUGGAAUAGUCAUAUUGUCAAGGCUUCACCAGCAAAAGGUCUAGAGUAAAAUGUACUUUAUAAUCAUCUGUUACCCCCGAACGCAUUGUAGGUGUCAAACUUUUGGAAAAAAGGAGCCCAAGUGCGCAGAAGCUCAGGCUCCCACAUGCCUCCUCCAGAGCAGAUGGCUAUGGGUGGGGGCGCGGGGCUGUAGGCUCCACCUGCCUUGGGAUCCCUGGAGCUGAGUCACAACAGCGCCCCGCAGACCCCACCGCCCUUCAGCUCUGCUCCGCCUCCACCACCCUGGCCGCGAGCUGCAGCCGUUCCAAGGGCAACAGCCAUCCCUGUUGCUGGUUCGCCGGCCACGCAAUGCUGUCUCUAUUGCUGAUCCUCUCAGGCCUGAGCCUGCUGACAUCCGAGGGCCCGAAUUCCGAAACAACAGUUCUGCAAAUUACAGUACCACGGAAGAUCCAGACAAACAUCAAUGAUGGCGAUGUUUCAGAAACGCAAAUUAUUUACAUCAUUACAAUUGAUGGACAACCAUAUACUCUACAUCUCAGAAAGAACUCAUUCUUACCCCAGAACUUCUUGGUUUUUACAUAUAGUGAAACUGGAUCUUUGCAUGCUGAGUCUCCAUAUUUUAUGAUGCAUUGCUAUUACCAAGGAUAUGCUGCCGAAUUUCCAAAUUCAUUUGUGACCCUCAGUAUAUGUUCUGGUCUCAGGGGAUUGCUUCAGUUUGAAAAUACUAGUUAUGGAAUUGAACCAUUGGAAUUUUCAGCAAGAUUUGAACAUAUAAUUUAUCAAAUGAAAAAUAAUGAUCCAAAUGUAUCAAGUUUAGCAGAAAAUUACAGCCAUAUUUGGCAGAAAGACCAGCCCUACAAAGUUCAUUUAAGCUCACAGAAACAAAAUCUUUCAAAACUAUUACCCCAAUAUCUGGAAAUACAUGUUAUAGUGGAAAAAGCUUUGUAUGAUUACAUGGGAUCUGAAAUGAUGACUGUAACACAAAAAAUUGCCCAGGUUAUUGGGCUUGUCAACACAAUGUUUACCCAGUUCAAAUUGACUGUUAUACUGUCUUCCUUGGAAUUAUGGUCAAAUGAAAACCAGAUUUCCACCAGUGGGAAUGCUGAUGAUAUAUUACAAAGAUUUUUGGCAUGGAAACAGGACUAUCUUAUCCUACGGCCCCAUGACGUAGCAUACUUACUUGUUUACAGGAAACAUCCUAAAUAUGUGGGAGCAACAUUUCCAGGCACGAUAUGCAAUAAAAGCUACGAUGCAGGCAUUGUUAUGUAUACAGAUGCUAUAAGUUUGGAGGGAUUUUCCGUUAUUAUAGCUCAACUGCUUGGCCUUAAUGUAGGAUUAACAUAUGACGAUGUCACUCAGUGUUCCUGUAUGAGAGCUACAUGCAUCAUGAAUCAAGAAGCGGUGAGUGCCAGCGGUAUAAAGAUUUUUAGCAACUGCAGCAUGCAAGACUACAGAUAUUUUGUUUCAAAAUUUGAGGUUAAAUGCCUUCAGAAGUUUUCAAAUUUGCAACCAUUACAUCAAAACCAACCCGUGUGUGGUAAUGGGAUUUUGGAAUCCAAUGAAGAAUGUGACUGUGGUAAUAAAGAGGAAUGCCAGUUUAAGAAGUGCUGUGAUUAUAACACAUGUAAACUGAAGAACUCAGUAAAAUGUGGUUCUGGACCAUGUUGUACAUCAAAGUGUGAGUUGUUAAUAGCAGGCACUCCAUGUAGAAAGAGUAUUGAUCCAGAGUGUGAUUUUACAGAGUACUGCAAUGGAACCUCUAGUAGUUGUGUUCCUGACACUUAUGCAAUAAAUGGCCAUUUGUGCAAGUUGGGAACUGCCUAUUGUUAUAAUGGACAAUGUCAAACUACUGAUAACCAGUGUGCCAAGAUAUUUGGGAAAGGUGCUCAAGGUGCUCCACUUGCCUGUUUUAAAGAAGUUAAUUCUCUGAAUGAAAGAUCUCAAAACUGUGGUUUUAAAAAUUCACAACCAUUGCCUUGUGAACAAAAGGAUGUUCUCUGUGGAAAAUUAGCUUGUGUUCAGCCACAUAAAAAUACUUAUAAAAGUGACGUUCAAGCUACAGUUUAUUCAUACAUUCAAGAUCAUGUAUGUUUAUCUAUAGCUACUGGGACUUCUGUGAGAUCAGAUGGAACAGACAAUGCCUAUGUGGCUGAUGGCACCAUGUGUGGUCCAGAAAUGUACUGUGUAAAUAAAACCUGCAGAAAAGCUCAUUUAAUGGGAUAUAACUGUAAUGCCACUACAAAAUGCAAAGGGAAAGGGGUCUGUAAUAAUUUUGGUAAUUGUCAAUGCUUCCCUGGACAUAGGCCUCCAGAUUGUAAAUUCCAGAUUGGUUCCCCAGGGGGUAGUAUUGAUGAUGGAAAGUUUCAGAAAUCUGAUGAAUUUUAUACUGAAAAAAGCUACAAUAAACAGUGGAACAACUGGUUUAUUCUGAGUUUCUACAUUUUUCUGCCAUUUUUCAUAAUUUUCAUCAUUGUGAUUUUUAAGAGAAAUGAAAUAAGGAAAUUAUCCAACAGAGAGAACAGAAUAUAAGUGGUAAACCUGAUAUAGAAUUAAUAUAUUACCUUAAAUUAUCCUACUCAUUAACCAGUGUCAUGCAUGUUAUGUAACAUUUGUUGUAUUAAUUUCUAAAUAUACUAUUUUAAAUCUAGUGUAACUGGUAUGUUUAUAAUUUUGUUUUUCAGUAGUUUGUUAUUAUAAUCGGGCAAUCCAAAAUUCUGAAUGUUCUAGAACUUUUCCUAAUGAGUAUGCUAUGCUGUAUCAGAGACUUACUAGGUCAGUAAAGAAUAUAGUUGGUACAUUAUUUCAAGUGCUCUUUUAGUUAGAUCUAAUUAUACAUUGGUGUUGGUUGUACUUACUAUUUUAUGAUCUUUAUAUAUACAAAUAUAUAUAUUUGUAGAGAUAGUAUCUCUGUAUGUUGCCUAGGCUUGUCUCAAACUCUUGAGCUCAAGCAGUUCUCCCAUCUCAGUCUCUCAAAAUGCUAGGAUUACUGACAUGAGUCACAGCGUAUGGCCUCCAAUACAUAUUUUUGAUAUUAAUACGUUAUCAAAUAUAUAGUUUGCAAAUACUUUGUCUCAUUCUAUAGGCUGCCUUUUCAUUUCAUUUUUUUUUUGCUAUGCAAAACGUUUUAAUUUAAUGUAAUCACUUUAUUUCUGCUUCUGUUGCAUGUGCUUUUGGUGACAUACCCAAAAAAAUCAUUGCCCAGACCAAUGGCAAGGAGCUUUCUCUGUUUUCUGCUAGAAGUGUUAUAGAUUCAGGCUUUACAUUAAAGUAUUUUGUCCAUCUUUAUUUGAUUUAUGUGUGUAAUGUCCAAUUUCUUGCUUUUACAUGUGAAUAUUCAAUUUAUUCACCAGCAUUUAAGAGAUUAUCCUUUCCCCGUUGUAUGUUCCUUAUCUCCUUGUCAAAAUAUAUCCUUGUCAAAAAUGUGUCGACCAUGUAUUCAAGUGUUUAGUUCUGUCCUCUAUUCUGUCCCAUUGAUAUAUGUGUCUUUUUUAUGCCAGUGCUUUACUAUUUUGAUUGCUGUCACUUUGUAACAUAAUUUGAAAUCAGAAAGUAUAAUACCUCUAGCUUUGUUCUUUUUGCCUAAGAUUGCUUUGGUUAUUUCAUAUCUUUUAUUGGUUUCUUCUUAAUGUCAGUUUUUUCCUAUACCUGUGAAAAAUGCCAUAGAAAUUUUGAUAGAGAUUGCAAUAAAACUGUACAUCACUUUGGGUAAUAUGGACAUUUUACCUAUUUUCUUUCAAUCCUUAAAAAGUACAUAUGCUUUUAAUUUAUUCAUGUGUAUUUUAAUUUCUUCAUUAAUUUUUAUGGGCUUCAUGUGCCAAUUUUUUACUAGAUUGGUAAAAUUUACACCAUUUUACUCUUUCUGAUGCUAUUGUGAAUGGUUUCUUAAUUUCUUUUUUAGAUAGUUCAUUAUUAGUAUACAGAAACACAAUUCAUUUUUUAGUUUAUAUUAUAGUGUCUAGUACAUGUAAACUUUGGCUGGGAUUAUCAUUCUGAGUUCAGAAUUUAUGAUCAUGAAAAUGACAUCCAAGUGAAGAGUAAAGAAUAUGCAUGCUAGCAUUACCCAAAAAACCACCUAUAUUGCUAUAUUGUGUUUUUGGUCAAAUUUGACUACUACUUUUGAACAUUUCUCUUAACCUAGCAGCAUCUGAUACUGUUGACCACACUCCUUUUCUGAAACUAUUUUAUUCCUUGAGAGGGAGAUCUACUUGGCAAAAAAAAUUUCUCAAUUUUUGUUUGUAUGAGAAAAUGUCUUUCUCUUUAAUUUUCAAAGGAUAAUUUCACAGGGUGGAUAAUUCUGGAGAGAGAAAGAGAGAGAGAGAGAGAGUGUGUGUGUGCGUGUGUGUGUGUGUCUGUGUCUUCUCGGAACACCAAGUAUUUUACCCUACUGUCUUGUUUCUUCGCUGACUGAAGAGAAGUUAGAAGUAAUUCUUUAUUUGAGCCUCUAUAGGAAAAUUUUUUUCCUUUAUAUUCUUUUAAGAUUUGUUCUUUGCCUCUGAUAUUCUGCAGUUUGAAUAUAAUAUAUCUACUCAUUAUUUUUUGACAUCUAAUCUGCUUAGUGUUUUCUGAGUUUGCUACAUCUGUGGGUUGGUGUCUGAUAUCAGCUUUGUGAAAUUAUCAGCCAUUAUUGCUUCAAAUAAUUCUGUUUUAUUUUUCUUUUCCUUCUGGCAUUACCAUCAUGCAUAUAUGACUCCUUUUGUAGUUGUUCCACAGUUCUUGGACACUGUCUUUCUUUUUUCAGUAUUCUCUUCUUAGAUAUUCAGUUUUGGAAAUUUCUAUUGAUGUAUUCUCAAGCUCACUGUUUCCUUCCUCAGCUGUGUCCAGUCUACUACUGACCCCAAGAGGGGCUUCAUUUCUAUAACGAUGUUUUUGAAUCCUAAAGUGUAUUAUUUAUUUCUCAGAUUUUGAAUCUUUCUGAUGACAUUGUCCAUUUCUUCUUGCAUGCUAUCUACUUUUUCUGUUAAAACUCUUUGCAUAUUAAUCAAAUUAUUAUGCCCUGCGAAUCUCAUAAUUCCAACAUCUCUACCAUGUCUGAAUCUGGUUCUGAUGCUUACUUUGCCUCUUCAAACUGUGUUUUUGUCUUUUAGUAUUGCUUGUAAUUUUUUGUUGAACACUGGACGUGAUACUCUACAUUAAAGAAACAGUGCUAAAUAGAUUAUGCUAGAAAGGUGUUGAGGGUGGAAAGCAUUUUGCAGUUCUAUGAUUAGGUUUUAGUCUUUUAGUGAACCUAUGUCCUUCAUUCUUACUUCUAAGUUUUUCCUAUGCCUUUACAUGUUGAUAAAGUGGGGCUGAAGUGAGACAUUUCCCUUCUCCCACAGGAAAAGCAAGAGAAGGUUGCUGUUGAGUUCGCCCAGGUCAAUUAGACUCUGCUAAAACCCCAGCUGCUUAGGUCCUGAUGAAAGAGUUUCUCUUGAGGGCAGCCCUUGUUAAGAAGAACACAAUUCUCUAGACAUAUUUCAGACUGGCUUCUUUUCCUCUCUCCUAAUUCCAGAAGAAUAAGAAGAUUUUUCUCUGAUUUUCAUUGUGAGAACCUGAUAGGCUUCUGGAGGCAGACGUAUAAUAAUAUGGACUAAAAGAAGGCCCCAUAAAGUUGUUGAAUCUCAGACUUGUCCACACUGAGCUUCUAUCUAUUCCUCAGUUAUAGUUUAGGUUUUUCUACCCUAGUACUGGUUCCCAUGAAAGUUUCUGCUCAUAAAUUUCUGCUCUGGUAAAUUAUAAUUAGUUAUAUCCACCUAUCUGUCUCUAGUUUGGAAAACAGCUCUUUGUCUUGUGAUCUCAAUUCUUUAACAGAUCUAAGAAAAGUGUUAAUUUUCAGUUUGUUCAGAUUUUUAUUUGUUGUUAUUAUAGAAUGAUGAAAUGACAACUUACAAACUCUGUACGUGCUGGACACAGAAACCAAAGUGUGUCUAUUCU